AUGGUUUAUGGACAACAACUAAAUCAGGCGUUCACUCGUUUCAACUCAUUUUGUCACGAGAAAACGAAUCGAAUCCGGGAAUCAUUUUCGCCUUCAAGACCAGCCUCUAAUCAAUCCGAUCGCUCAUCCACAUCAGGCACCUCAACCCUGCUCGAUCCAGAAGAGACUAAAGUCGUCUCAGUGACGUGGAUGACGGUGGUUCCU